GAACAGUAUCGAAGUAGUUACUGUGUACUGUAUUACUUGUUAUAGCUGUGUCAUUUUUAACAGUUUUGUGAUUUUGAUUGCCGAUAUUUGAUACACACAAAACGAAUCAUGAGUUCACUUCUUGUACCAGAAAUCUCGCCGCCAGGUUUUUCUUUCGACCUCUGUCAAAGAAAUACUUUUUUGGUCAAAAAAGGCUUUAACACUCCAAAAGUCAAGAAAACAGGUACCACAAUCGCAGGUGUAGUAUAUAAGGAUGGCGUUAUCCUCGGUGGUGAUACACGAGCCACUGAGGAUACUAUUGUAGCCGAUAAAUACAGCUUGAAGAUCCACUAUCUCGCUCCUAACAUGUACUGUUGCGGAGCUGGUACAGCUGCCGACACUGAAAUGACUACAGAAAUGAUAGCUAGCCAAUUGGAGCUGCAUCGUCUGAAUACUGGCCGUGUUGUGCCUGUGUGCACUGCCAAUACAUUGAUAAAACAAAUGCUAUUCCGCUAUCAGGGUCAUAUUGGUGCUGCUCUUAUCCUGGGAGGUUUUGAUCUUGAUGGACCUCAGCUGUAUUGCAUUUAUCCUCAUGGUUCAACAGAGAAGCUGAAGUAUACCACUAUGGGAUCUGGCUCGCUGGCUGCUAUGUCAGUACUCGAGAGCACGUGGAAGCCUGAUAUGUCGGAAGAAGAAGCGAAAAAAUUGGUGGCGAACGCUAUUCGUGCAGGUGUGUUCAAUGAUCUUGCGUCAGGAUCCAACGUAGAUCUCUGCAUCAUUCGCAAGAACAGUGUCGAGUAUUUGCGGCCGUACGAUACCGCCAGCGUAAAAGGCGAGCGGCAGAUCAGCUAUCGUUACAAGCCCGGUACUACGUCGGUGCUUAAGAAAACAGUACAGCCGAUCAUCGUAGAGGAAGAGACGGUGUGCACAAUCGAAUCCGAAGCGAUGGACACGUCUGCAUGAAACUUCAUUAACUAAUCUAGCGUUCUAUAUAUAAUAAUAAAUACAUUUUUCCAAACAAU